AUGUCUACCCCUGAUCCACUCCUCUUCCUCCUCCCCCUCUUCCUUUUCUUGGCUUCUCAAACUUCCUACGCCCAACUACGAAACCAAACCUCUGAUUUCCCAUGGGUGGCGUCGGAAAACAGAACUCUAGUUUCGAAUAAUUCAGUCUUCGCCGCCGGAUUCCUCCCAACGAACUCCACCGACCGAUUCAUCUUCUCCGUUUACUACGUGGGCAUCUCCAUACGACAAGUAAUCUGGUCGGUCAACGAUGAUUCCCCGGUAAACGGAUCAUCCUCCCUCAACAUCACCGCCUCCGGUGAACUCCGUCUUGGGGAAAUACAAUUCCCUGGAGCUCCGACAUUAUCCAGCAACUCCACCCCCUUGCUCCAGCUCACCGACGGCGGAGAGUUGCGAUUUGGGAACUGGAGAAGUUUUCUUCACCCGACAGAUACGAUCGUUCCGGGACAAGAUAUCAACGGAACGACUUUGACUGUGAGAGGCGGAGCUUUCAGAUUUAACGGAAAACAAUUGUUAUUCAACGGAAGUUACGAUGCAGAAUCGUCGUAUUAUUCAAACGACAACGCGUUUCUAAGCUUCGAUGAUACCGGGAAGGUUCAGCAAGAAAACGGCGCUUCGUUAAUCACCUCAGACUACGGCGACAAGGUGCAGAGAAGAUUAACGCUCGACGACAAUGGAAAUCUCAGGAUUUACAGCUUCAAUCAGAACAUCAGUCAAUGGAUUGUUGUAUGGCAAGCGAUCCCGGAGUUAUGUAGAAUCAAGGGAACCUGCGGACCAAAUUCUAUAUGUAUGUACGGUGACAAUUACGAUACUACAGUCUGCGAUUGCCCACCGGGAUACCGGCGAAACUCCGGCACCGGUGAUGAACAAUGUUCGAGAAAAAUUUCAAAUUUGAGAGAAUCCAAGUUUUUGCAGCUUGAUUAUGUGAAUUUUAGUGGGGCAUCGGGACAAGGAAACCAGUGGUCUAUGGUGGCUCUGAACUUUACAUCGUGUAAAGCCGGUUGCUUGAAUAACCCGGAUUGUGUCGGGUUCGGGUACAAAUUCGAUGGGCAAGGUUAUUGUGUUUUUGUGAAGCAGUUAUUCUACGGGAUAUGGUCUCCGGCGAAUGAAGCUGCUUUCUUUCUUCGUGUUGAUUCGUUGGAAUCCGAUCAGACAAAUUUCACAGGCUUAACAAGCAUCCUGGAGACAACAUGCCCUGUUCGAGUUAGCCUUCCAUUGCCACCGGAAGAAUCAAAGUCCACCACUCGAAACAUAGCAAUCAUAUCGACUCUUUUCGCGGCGGAGUUAAUCAGCGGCGUCGCAUUCUUCUGGGCUUUUCUCAAAAAAUACGUGAAAUACCGAGACAUGGCUCGAACAUUCGGGCUCGAAUUCCUCCCCGCCGGUGGCCCAAAACGGUUCAGUUACGCCGAGCUAAAAACCGCUACAAAUGAUUUCUCCACCACAAACGUCGUCGGAAGAGGAGGGUUUGGUGAUGUUUACAAAGGCGUGUUGACUGAUCACCGGAUUGUUGCUGUGAAAUGCCUGAAAAACGUCGCCGGAGGGGAUAACGAGUUCUGGGCUGAGGUCACCAUUAUCGCGAGAAUGCAUCAUCUGAAUUUAGUCCGAUUGUGGGGAUUUUGCGCUGAGAAAGGUCAGAGAAUACUGGUUUACGAGUAUGUCCCAAACGGAUCUCUAGACAAGUUCCUGUUCCACUCCGGUAAAGUCGACUACACAAACGGCGAAGAAGAUCUGGAAGAUAGCAAGCUGUUAGAUCGAAAACCCAUACUCGAUUGGGGGAUUAGAUACCGAAUCGCCCUCGGAGUAGCUCGUGCGAUUGCGUAUUUGCACGAAGAAUGCCUGGAAUGGGUUCUCCACUGCGACAUCAAACCGGAGAACAUUCUCCUCGGAGCUGAUUUCUGCCCAAAAAUCUCAGAUUUCGGAUUAUCAAAACUGAGGAAGAAGGAAGACAUGGUUAGCUACUCAAGGAUGAGGGGAACUCGAGGGUACAUGGCGCCGGAGUGGGUGAAGAGCGACCACAUUACACCGAAGGCCGAUGUUUACAGUUUCGGAAUGGUUUUGUUGGAGAUGGUGACAGGGGUUCGUAAUUUCGACAUUCAAGGUUCGAAAAUGGAUAGUGAAGAUUGGUAUUUUCCUCGAUGGGCGUUUGAUAAGGUGUAUAAAGAGAUGAAUAUUGAGGAUAUUUUGGAUAAUCAGAUUAAGAGGUCAUAUGAUAGUCGGAUUCAUGAGGAGAUGAUUACACGGAUGGUGAAGACGGCGAUGUGGUGUUUGCAGGAUCGGCCGGAGAUGAGGCCGUCGAUGGGGAAGGUGGCGAAGAUGUUGGAAGGAACGGUGGAGAUGAUUGAACCCCAAAAGCCGACGAUAUUUUUCUUGGGAAAUGAGUCUGCCGACCACCACCGUCGCAACCCUCCUCUCCGAUCAAAGCCAUCAAUCGCCGCCUUCCUCUCCGAUCCGGCGUCCUCCGAUUUUCCGAACUUCAUAAUCGAUUGCAGCAGCCGGCGAACAACAACCCUCGAUCGAUCGAUCGAUCGUACUCCACCCUGCUCGAUCGUCUGCUCGCCGCCGUUAACCACCCUGCUCGCCACCGGCCGGAGACCGUCGCCCCCACAGCUACACCGGAGACUUCGAUCUCACAGUUGGUUAUUAGAGAUGGGAGAAAAACAACAAUGGACCAAUGAGCACUUAAAAUGCUUAUUGGAUACUUGUAUUGAAGAAGUAGAGAGUGUUGGUAGAAAAGGAUUGAGUUUACAGAAAGAUUCAUGGAUAAGGCUUGGAAGAGUUCUUAAGGAGAAAUUUGGGGUUGAGUUGACUCAAAAACAAAUGAAAAACGCAUAUGACAAUCUGAAAGCCAAAUACACUGGAUGGGUAUAUUUAAAAAACAAAACCGGUAAUAUAUACAAUUCUCAAACAAACACUUUUAAUUUAACAGCCGAGGAGUGGGAUGAUUUUAAGAAGGGGCAUCCGAAAGCUGCUUCUUUGAGAACAAUUCCAUUGCCUUUUCCAGAUCUUUGUGCACGUCUUUUUGAUGGAAAUAGUGCUACUGGUAAUUUUAGGAGUUACUCAACCCAAUCAUCAUCAGUAGCUGGCGCAUCCUCCUGUCGUGUUCCACCACUUCAGAUCACCGCCACCCCUUUUGAUGCAAUGGAUGAUGAUGGUGUUGACACUUCUCAUCAUGAGCCACCACCUUCUGCUGCUUCACCUUCUGCAGCUUCACCUUCUGCUGCUUCACCUUCUGCUGGUUCACCAUAUACUGGUUCACCAUAUACUGCUACACCAUCCGGUAACCCCAACAAAAGGGCUAAACCCUCAACUCCUGUAGCUCCUAGUGCCUCACCGUCUGCUUCUUCACCUGAUGGAACUUCUGUUACUGCUGACGAUUUAGCAUUUGAAAUGAAGAAAGCUCUACAAAGUUUGACUAAAGGGUAUACAAUUCCUCAGUGUUUAGAGAAGUUAGAGGUCCUUCAGUUAGGCCCUACAGAUCCUUUACGCUUUGUCGCAUAUCAUAUUUUUGGAGGAACCAUGAACAUGAGAGAGAUGUGGAUGCAUUUGCCCGAUGUUCCCGAGAUAUUACGAGGGUGGCUUGAGAUGACGGGUACCAGUUUAGGAGUUUUGAAGGAUGGGAAGAUUGUUCGAUGAUUUUCUAGUGUUGAAAGUAUUUGUUAAGUCUUUUUGCCCUUGUUGGAACUACUUUGUUAAAUGUUUUUGCCUUUGUUGGAACUAUUUUGUUAGGUCUUUUUGCCCUUGUUGGAACUACUUUGUUAAAUGUUUUUGCCUUUGUUGGAACUAUUUUGUUAGGUCUUUUUGCCCUUGUUGGUACUUGAAAUAUGAUUAAUGGAAUGUUUAUUUGAUACUUGAAAUAUGGUUUAUGUAAUGUUAUUUUGGCUUGAAAUAUGAUAAAUGGAAUGUUUAUUUGAUACUUGAAAUAUGGUUUAUGUAAUGUUUUUUAAAGUUCUACUUUGUUGAUUUUAGGUUCAUAUGGAUCACGAUCAAAAGUUACUUCUCGUAAUUCUAAUGUACCUAUACAUCCGUUAUUUUUGG